AUGUCCCUGCUGCCCUCGCUGCUGCUGGCCCUGGCCCUGGUGGCCCUCCCGGGUGCCCAGGGCGCCUGCCCGGUGCCCGCCGACCUCAAGCACGACGACGGGACUCGCACGUGCGCCAAGCUCUAUGACAAGAACGACCCCUACUACGACAACUGCUGCAAGGGCGCCGAGCUCUCGGUGGAGCCGGGCGCCGACCUGCCCUUCCUGCCCUCCAACUGGGCCAACACGGCGUCCUCGCUGGUGGUGGCCCCGCGCUGCGAGCUCACCGUGUGGUCCCGCGCGGGCAAGGCCGGCAAGACGCGCAAGUUCACGUCGGGCUCCUACCCGCGCCUGGAGGAGUUCCGCCGCGGCAUCUUCGGGCACUGGGCCAACGCCAUCUCCGCGCUCUACUGCAGGUGCCCGCCCGCCGCCCGAGCCCCAGGCCUGUGCAGGAUCCAGACACCCGGUCAGGCAGGACCGGCCCCCGCGGCCCACUCCUCAUCCCAGCCCCCCAGGCAGCCCCGGCCCUGGGCGCACGCGCAGGCUCUGCGCUCCCGGCUCGCACCCCACUGGUCCUGGGAAGCAGCCCCGCCCACUUCCAGAAUCGCCCGCUUGCCCCCAGCUGUGCUCCCCAGGAAGGACUGCCUGAGGGGCAAGAGCCCCCAGACCCAAGGCCAGCCUCCUGCUGCGAUCGAUCGGCACCUCUGA